UAGCUGACGUAAUUCAAUGGAAAAAGUUUGAACAUUAGGUAUUCAUUUAGAAUGUAAUAAUAAGGCUUAAAAUGAGUGGAAAAGAUGUAUGCCUUGUUACCGGAACAGCUGCAGUUUGUGGAAUAUUUUGGUAUUUCUGGACUAAACGACAAGCAGCUACCCCUGCUUCAUUGCCACAAUCAGAUUCAUCGAGUUGUACCAGUGCACAACACUUACUCGGGAAUGCAGAAGAAUACGCACGUCUUAACUCUAUUACUACCAGCAAAAGUGAAGAACAGCAAAUAUCCAGUUUGAAUUGUAAUGAUUUGGAAGAAGACCGGGAUCCUGUUGAUUGUAAUGAUUUGGAAGAAGACAUGGAUCCUGCUGGAGGACAGUGGUUUGAUGCAGUAAUUCUACAUGCCUUAGAGGAUGAAACGGCUGCAAGACUUUGCCAGAAAAUUUUACUGGAACAAAUCAAUGUUCCAAACCUUCAAAUUGGUUUACCGGAUGAUAUAAUUACACCAGGCACAUCAACCCUGGAUGGAUUAGGAAGUCUCAUCUCAAAUUGUAGACUUGUUAUUAUCUUUCAUUCUCGAUUUCUGUCAAUGGAUGGUUUAAUGCUGUUUGGGAAACAAGCUAAUAUAUUUCAAACAUUAGAGGACCCACAGAAGAAGGACCGAAUAAUUCCCUUUAUUGUAGACGGCGAGGAUCUUUCACUUGAUAUGUGCACCAUUCAACCGGUCAUUUACGUCAAUGACAUAAGAAGUGCCAACUUUCCUAGUUUUAAGAACAAAAUGGAACGACUAUUUUUAAUGUGGAGGGAAAAAAUAGCAUAGUGGAAACAUUUUCACAUACAUUAAAAAGUAUAGUAAUUUGAAUCAGUUUAGACUAGAAAAACUGACAAAAUAUCAUAUACCAAGUCACUACAAGACAUGCAUGCAACUCCCAUAGGUUUUCGUGUUUACUAUAUAUAUUUACCGAUUUUAUCUUAAACCAUGUUUAUUAUUGGGGAAAAGGAAAAAGAUAUUCUUUUGACAUUGAUGUAUAUCCAAUUUUCAUUGGAUUGUAUCUCAAGCGCAGCCUUGUUUUCAAUUUCUUUUAAUCUAACUAAAACUCAUUGUUUAGAUAUUCAUUUGAUAUCAUUAAGGUUCAGAAGCAUUUGUUAUAUGUCUCAAAAUAUGCCCAAAGAUGUCUUAAAAGGUUGUUGAUUGCUUUCGCAAAUGUUUUAUAUUAAACAUGAGAAGGCAGGGAAUUUAAAAACAAAAUAAAAAAUCCAUCAAAACUAUUUUAUUUGUGAAAAAUGUCUUCCAAAUCAAAACGUAGGGCUGAACAACAUUUUUACAAUGUUUUAUGAUAGAGAUAUUUUGUCGACAUAUUAUUGUACAUAUAAUUUUAUAUAGCAUAUUUGCUAUGCCUCUUACGAUAGGUAUUAUUCAUUGUUUUUAUGAACUUGAUCACUAUAGUAAAUCAUAUAGAAUGUUUCAUAAAGGGAUUAGGUACUGACAAUUCACUCGGAAAUCCAACAUUUUGAUUGAAUAAAACUUGUAGUUAUAAACUAUUUUAAAUUCAGUAAAGAAAAUAUCUCCUUCAUGCAAAUUAAAGCUCUAAUGCCUUGUCCGGAUUUGACUAUAAUACUUAAGGUUCUGUUUGGUUUUAUCAGCUCUUCAACGUUUGUAUUUGUAUUUGAAUUUUUAAAUACUAGCCUCGCGCAUCACUGCAAGUAUUGAUUUUCGAAAUGCACAUGGUUCAUUUUUGCAAAAAAAAGCCUUGAAUUUCAACUAAAUCUUAAAACAUCAAAAUGGCCAUAAUUUGGUUCUUAAACAGAUCUAUUUUAAAGGCCUUAAUGCUAGGUAAAACAAAUAUUUUCAUAGUAAUGAAUUAUAGACUCCGAAAUCAGCUCAUUUUGGAAAUAUUGUCAAAACAAAACAAGAUGAUUUAGUGCAUUUUUCGGACAGAAAAGCUUUAGAAAAAUCUUGCAAACUAAGAUCUAAAAUGGUCUGUAACCAAAAGGUUCCAAUUUUAAUAUUGAAAUCCUGUUACAGAUCAGGAAUGGCGGCCAGAGUGUAAAUGUAACAGUACAAAUAAUGCAUAAUUCAGGGGUUUACUAAUUUGUAAUUUAUAAUGUAAGGUACAAAAAGAACUUAUUCUAUAUUAAUACUUAUAUCACAUCUAUUCUGAUGUGCAAUGUAAAGUAGUUUGGCUUGAUUAAACAAAAUACAUUAAAUCUUAAGGCUAAAUCCUUUGUCAACCUACUCCUUUGUAGCGGUUAUACUACUACAUAAACAUUUUCAAUUGUAAACUCACAUACAGAUUGAAAAAUCAGUCUAACCUUUUCCCUCAUGAAACAAUAGCUAACGGAAACAAAAAUGUUGUCAGAAAUUCAAUGCAUCAAAUUGAGUAAUUUCUAACCCUGCACAUUGGUUGGCUAUUAUCAUUUCUCCAGAUUCUAAAUGUAGGAUGGGGCAGAAUUCAGAAUCUGUGGCAUACACAUAUAAUAAAUCAAAGACGUGUAAAUAACUCAAAGAAAGUGUAAACUAUCAUGUUAUUCAUCUACAACUACUUUUUAGCUCACUUGGCCCGAAAGUGAGCUUUUCUCAUCACUUGGCGUCCGUCAUCCGUCGUCGUCCGUCGUCGUCGUCGUUAACUUUUUACAUUUUGAACUUCUUCUAGAGAACCACUGAAUGGAAUGAAACCAAACAUGGCAUGAAUGUUCCUUAUGAGGUGCUGACCAAGUGUUGUUACUUUGAAGCCGAUCCAUCAUCCAAGAUGGCCGCCAGCUGGGGACUUAGUUUAACAUAGGACCCUAUGGGAAAUACAUACAAAUGUCUUCUUUUAGAGAUCCACUUAUGGAAUGAAACCAAACAUGGCCUGAAUGUUCCUUAUGAGGUGCUGACCAAGUGUUGUUACUUUGAAGCCGAUCCAUCAUCCAAGAUGGCCGCCAGCGGGAGACUUAGUUUAACAUAGGACCCUAUGGGAAAUACAUUCACAUGUCUUCUCUUAGAGAACCACUUAAUGGAAUGAAACCAAACAUGGCAUGAAUGUUCCUUAUGAGGUGCUGACCAAGCGUUGUUACUUUGAAGCUGAACCAUCAUCCAAGAUGGCCGCCAGUUAGGGACUAAUUUUAACAUAGGACCCUAUGGAUAAUGCAUACAAAUGUCUUCUUUUAGAAAACCAUUGAAUGGAAUGAAACCAAACAUGGCAUGAAUAUUCCGUAUGAGGUGCUGACCAAGUGUUGUUACUUUGAAGCGGAUCCAUAAUCCAAGAUGGCCGCCUACGGGGGGCAUAGUUUAACAUAGGACCCUAUGCGAAAUAUUUACAAAUGUCUUCUUUUAGAGAACCACUGAAUUGAAUGAAACCAAACAUGGCAUGAAUGUUUCUUUUGAGGUGCUGACCAAGUGUUGUUACUUUGAAGCCGAUUCAUCAUCCAAGAUGGCCACCAGCUGGGGACAGUGUUUAACAAAAGACCCUACCGACAAUACAUACAAAUGUCUUCUUUUGGAGAGCCACUGAAUGGAUUGAAACCAAUCAUGGCAUGAAUGUUCCUCAUGAGGUGCUGACUAAGUGUUGUUACUUUGAAGCUGAUCCUUCAUCCAUGAUGGCCGCCAGCGGGGGGGGACUUCCUUUAACAUAAGACCAUAUUAGAAAUACAUACAAUGAAACCAAACAUGGCAUAAAUGUUUCUUAUGAGGUGCUGAUGAAGUGUUGCUACUUUGUUGCUGAUUUACUGUUCAAGAUGGCCACCAGGAUUUUUUAUUAACUUACAGGGCCAAUAUUAAACCAAAUUUGGCCUCACUCAUUAUUAGGGUAUCUGUUAUGAUUUUAAUCUAUUUUAACAUGAUUUCCAAAACCAAAGUAGAAUCAGGUGAGCGACACAGGCUCUUGAGAGCUUCUAGUUAUAUGUUAUGUUCGCUAAAUGAUAAAAAUGUACGUCGACCAGCUACUGUUUUCAAUAAAACUAUACUUGCAUAAAAUAACAUGGUUUAAAGAAGCAUUGAUGGUAUUGAGAAUGGAAACGGGAAAUGUGUCGAAGAGUUAAUAGCAUGAGAGGCCCCUGAUAUGAGUUAUUAUUCUGGUUGUGAGUUUAUGAUUAUAUCACUUCCGCUCGUUACACAUAUGCAAAUACUAUCAUAUAAAUGCUAAGUAUGAUAAAUUAGCUCUUUCUUGUAGAAUGUGAAAUAAAGGAUACAACAAAUAGUGUGCUCCAAGUUCUUAAUUGACAAUGAUGAUCAGUUGAGAAUCUUACUUUACGUUAAUAGAUAUGAUUUAAAUUUUUAGAUAGUGAACUUUUGAAUACAAUGAAAGAAAGGUGAAAGUUACCAAAGUGACAUUUAAACUCAUAAGUAGAAAUAUACUGACAACCCAUUGGCUAAUAAAGGAGGGACAAACAACAGUACACAAAACACAACAUAGAAAACUAAAGACUAAGCAACACAAAAAACUGGGGUAAUCUCAGGUGCUCUGAAAGGGUUAGCAAAUACAAUUUUCCAGGGCUUUCACAUGUGGUACCCGUCCGGUUGAUCAUGAAAGUACAAACCAGGUGAAGAGUUUACGUCAAUAGUUCUUACUAGAGCUUUCUUAUAAUUUGACCAAAAGUACGUACGCUUGACCAAUCAUACGCAAGACUCGUUUUAAGGAUCCUUUUUUUUAUGUAUAUAUGUAAUCUUAAUCGAAGCGGCACGGAAUUUUGAUGGCGUUUCGUCUUAAUGAUUGCCUAUUUAGGACCAGUACACUCUAACGACACGUGUUAAAUUUGAUUUUUCGUGCAAUAUAGGAAUUUCCGGACGUAUGGUCGUAAAAAUAUAAUACAACCAAGGGGAAGGAGACAGGCUCAUCUAUGAAACCGUUCUUACUGUGUAUAAUUGUGUGUACGUUGAGCGACCAAUAUUCAUCAAUAUUCCAAGCAUGUUUACUGUUUAAUAAUCGUCUUUAUUAAAUCCAGAAUAUAUAUAGUGCAUGAUUGUAGAUUUAUUUUCUUGAUAUACAUUGAGGUAUAAAAAUGUGUAUGUAAAUGGACAGUACCAUAAUAGGUUGCUCUAUAAUUAA